GCGCUCACAAACACGGAAGUAGCCGAUGGGGGUGCUGAAAGUGCUCGUAAUGUUAUCCUCUUUUGAUGAGGGUUAACAGCGCAUUGCACCGUUCCUCUUGCCGUUUUCGCGGGAUAAUGAUAACCUGUAACGAUGGAAUAGCGACCUCUCGUUUGAUCUCGGACGACAUUUGAUUCAUCCACCUCCAGUUUGAAAAACCUGGUUCACCCCGCUUUGGGAAAAAAAAAAAAUGGACCAGGAGUUUGAGAACAUCGAUUCAUCUGGACAGUGGCAAAACCUUUAUUAUGAAAUCCGUAACCAGUCUCAGGAGUGUCCCUACAAAGUGGCCAAGUUCCCAGAAAAUCGCAAUAGGAAUAGAUAUAGAGAUGUCAGUCCCUAUGAUCACAGUCGGGUGAGAUUAGAAAAUUCAGAGAAUGACUACAUAAAUGCAAGCUUAAUUACCAUGGAGGAGGCCCAAAGAAGGUACAUAUUGACACAGGGCCCCUUGAGGAACACUUGCGGUCAUUUCUGGCUAAUGAUUUGGGAACAGCGUUCAAAAGCAGUUAUUAUGCUUAACAGAGUUAUAGAGAAAGGCUCGGAGAAGUGUGCACAGUACUGGCCAUCAGAGGAGGAGCGAGACAUGGAUUUCAGUGACACUGGGUUUGUGGUAAUUCUUGUGUAUGAGGACAUCAAACCGAAUUACAUAAUACGACUACUAGAACUUCAAUAUAGCAAGACAGGAGAAACCAGACAGAUCUACCAUUUUCAUUACACAACGUGGCCUGAUUUUGGUGUACCAGAGUCACCAGCAUCAUUCCUCGACUUCCUGUUCAAGGUUCGAGAGUCUGGCUCUUUGGGCCCAGAGAACGGGCCUGCUGUGGUCCACUGCAGCGCUGGAAUAGGUCGAUCUGGGACUUUCUCAUUAGUUGACACAUGCCUUGUCUUGAUGGAUAAGAGGAAAGACCCUUUGUCUGUGGACAUCCAGAAGGUUUUGUUAGAUAUGAGAGAGUAUCGAAUGGGUCUUAUUCAAACUCCAGAUCAGCUUCGGUUCUCAUACAUGGCAGUCAUGGAGGGCGCAAAGAACAUCCUGAGAGACUCUGUGCUACAGCAGAAGUGGUCUAUGGAACAGCAGAUGCCAGUGCCUGAUUUGGGUUCAUGUCCUCAGAGCCCCAUCAUGACUUCAGACAAACUGAAUGGACAGUCUGUCUCUUGUAUGGAGACACAGGAUCUAGGAAGAGAAGGAGACAGGAUACAAUCACCAAAGGAAGAGCAGCUUACAGAGAUAAAAACAGGAAGCCUACGCAAGCGAAACCGUGAGGAGCGGAUAGCCAGCACGACACAGAAGGUGCAGCAAAUGAAGCUGAAACUGAGUGAUUUGGAGAAGAAGAGGGAGAACUGGCUGUUCUGGAGACCUAUUCUCCUAAAUGUUGGCGCUGGUGCUGCUGUAGCACUAGGACUGUGCAUGUGCUGGGCUUUUCUGUCCCAGUAAUGCCAUUUUACCACACUUAUUCCUCUCCUUGACUUUUAUUUGGUCCAGGGACCAAAAUUAUGGUACUCCUUUAGGUAGGUGCUUGGAUGUUUCUAGAUAAUGGACUGAAUGUAGAAUGAUUGUGUUUACAAGCAUUCAUACUGUGACAUUCUACACGAUUCAUUGAAUGUUUGUGUAAUAUGUGGUUAUUACAGUGUAACGAAUGCUGUAGUUACUUUUAACUACUAUUGUAAUUCCAUCGUUGUUCAAGUUCUUGAGGCCUAAAAACUUACUGUACAGUAUUUUGUUUCCAUUUAUCUGCAAAACAGUGGUCAAUAUACAUGUUAUUCCCUACGAGUUCACCGGUCCAAUGGAGUUAGUUUAAAUCACCCUACUUCAGGUUUUGCUACUCAUUUGUUUCAAUAGGUCAGAACCCAAUGAGUUUCUGAACAUGGUCGUUACAUGCACAUCUCAGGAUCUUCUAUUAAUAAACUCACUGUAGACUCAGCCAAACGUAAUGAGUAGUCUGAUUUUCACUUUGAAAAAUGUACAUAGUAAACUCUUUCACUAAACAAGAAAUGUUGCUGUUCAUUUGCAUUAUUGUCUCAAAGAUCAGCUGUGCUUAUGCCCUUAUGUGUAUGUUUCUCUGGUUUCACAAAGUAAUUUGUGCCAAUGAAACGGCAUCCCACAUUUUAUCGAUGCAUGUGAGAAAAACUGAUUAAUGACCACAAAUAAAUGCAGAUUAUGAUAGAUUGCACAUGGUGCAUAUUUACAGGUGUCUAGAUUUCCCACACAGCUUGCCUCAGUGCAGUGUCAGCCUGAUCAUGUUUCAUUUUUGAGAAAAUGGAUACUGAACUAACUAGCCAUUUUAUUUUUGUCUCCAAGGGUCAAAGUUUGUUCCCAGUCACAUUACCUUACACUGUUAGAUUUCAUUUUGAGUUUGAUGCCAUUUAAUUAGCAGAAUCAAUAUGAGUCAAAUUAGAUGUCUCUUCCCACCAUGGUUCCAGGAAUUGAUCCAAUAUUUCCAGAAGUGGCUAAUGGUGGAUUGGUAAUUUCAUUCCAUCUAGCUGAGUGACCAAUCGGGAAAGACCGAUCAUUUUUCCUCUCAGCAGCCUGUUGUACUGAGUACAAGGAAAUAUCUUAUUGGAUCAAAGCACUACAGAAUGCAUGGCCUUUUAUUAGCCAAUAAAGGGGUUUUAUUUUUAGAUAAGAGUGAAUUGUUCCCGACAUUGCAAACCCUUGAACUGUAUGUAUGACUGUUUAACUGUAUAGAGCUGUUCAGGUUGUGGUCCAAAAACUCCGGUGAAUAAGCAUUUUUGAACCUUGGGUUCCUACAGUAUUUUCCAAUGGGUAUUUAUAAUGGAAGUUCUAAGUAAAAAUUAUAUGGAAUUUAUAAGUAAAAUAAGAUCUG